AUGAUCACUAGAAUCUGCAAGUUGUGGAUUGCAGGGGUGGAGCCAGGGGUGGGGCCCCCGAAGAUCAAAAGGCCAGAUAGCAGGUGCAUAAAGAACUCCAGACAUCAAAGCUCACUUUUGUUUUUGUUUAUUUUUUCCACCUCUCUGUACUUCUGAGAUCUGAAGAGCAUAGUUGACUUUUGUGGCCAGGUCAGUGCUGGGUCAUGAUCUGCAGGCUCCUCUCUCUCUCACAUGCACACACUCACAUGCACGUAUGCACACACGCACGCAAACACACAUUUUUUGGGGCUUCCAAUUUUGUCUGGCCUGUUUUGUUCGAGGGGUGAAUCUACUGCCUGUUCUGUGGGAUGAACACAGAGAGAUCUCCUGCCGGUCUUGCUUCAAACAUUGUACAGACACACACACACACACACACACACACACACACACACACACACACACACACACACACACACACACACACACACACAGCUGAGUUCUGGCUCAGUACAUUACUACCAAGCUGGUACCGAAAGAGAAUGUGAGUAUAGAAAAGACAUGAAUAGUGCAAGUGUUUUUAUGAGGGUUUUAUGAAAGUUUCUAUGAAAAUCAGACAUUACACAAAAAUGCGUCAUAGUUUCUGAGGUUCCUAAUCCUUCACAAGGCCAAGACUAUGCAACAUGUAAAAGAAUCACCUGUUUCUGAUAAUGUUUUAUGAUGAAAAUAAGUCAUUUUUGUGUAUUUUUCUUCCAUAUCAGUGACAUUAUGCUUUGAAUGGACCCUCAAAGGGUUAAAAAAAUGUUUUAAGAUGAAAAAUUUACUAGUUUUGAUCAAAGCAGAAGUUAAUUAAGAGAUAUAUGAAAAAAAAUCUGGAAAAAAUAUGAAUCCAAUAUGUUUUUACAGCAGUCAAAGUAAGUGGCUUUUUUUAGCCACUGAGCGUUACCAAAGGCCGAGCGCCUAUUUUUGACCUGGUGAAAAUUUUGAAGUCAUAUUUUCAAAGUGUCCAUCAAAAUAAGCAUCCACACAAAAAAUCAUCCCAUUUGCUGCAGUAAAAAAAAAGUUACAUGGAAAUUGGUGGCUAAAUUCUGCCCCUCGUGGCUCUUUUUAGCCACACCGUUACAUAAGGGUUAAAUCUCUUAAAUCCUUGCCAUCAGAUGUAAUCAGAUGAUUUUCAUGGGUUUGUCAAAUGAGAAAACACAAGCAACUAUCAGUAAAGGAGGAAUUUCCUGUGUAAUCUAAUGUGCUUGUGUAUCUAUAAAAUGAAAUAAUAUUAGUCUUUAUUAUUCACUUAUUUAAAGGAUACAAACCUUAUCAUUUCUUUUUAAAGCUUACUCUUUUUUUCAGAGGAAAAUUGGCAUAUUUUUGUGGUGAAGCAUAUUCAUUAUCUGCAACAUUCCAGGGCUUGGUGUUCCCAGAGAUGCAGUAGUGUUUGUAUUUUUAUUUGUUAACACAGAAGCUCCAACACAUAUUUGUGUAAGUGUAAAUGUGUAUUGUGUGAGGUAAGAAAAGGCCUUAGUUUAAAAUACAGUCUUCGAACAACUUUAUGUUUUUGUCCAUCAUAAAAAAUAUAUACAUUAACUGCAUGAAUAUUGUAUUUUUCUGUGGAAACAAAGCAUUAAUAUGUUGUCUCUCUCCUUGCUUUAAUUUGUUCUAAUUCAGGUCCCCACAAAGACACACCCACCUUAGCAGAUGAUGAGUCACCACUCCCAUUCAUCUGUCAUAAUGUAAGUUUACAUGUUUGAUGUUUUAAAUUUCCUCUACAUCUGUGAUAACUUUCAUCUUUGAUUUUUGUGGCUUUAUUUUGCUUAACAUAGGACUCUGUGGGACCGGAUAAUAUUGAAGGCUUCGCAGCAGUCCAGGGCUUGGCAGAAUUAUUAUUCCAGCUGAAGGGCCAUAGUCUUUCUCUAUCAAGAGAGGAGGCUGCCCACAUAGUUUCUCUCUGGGAGUGUUUGUCAGAUUAUGACAAAGGUCACACUGUGUACACUCCACGCCACCAGAUCACCCUCCUGAAAGGGAGGUUCAGGGCGACAAAAAAAAUUGUUGUACCUGGUGUACAGAGUACAAAACGGUACGUAGUUUUUGUUGAGCAAGAAUAACAAUGAUACAUGCUAUCGCAUGAUUAAUGUACUAACACUAAUAAUGCUCAAUAUCUUUGCAGAUGGUUUGCAGCUUGGAGGAGCGCAGCGCAGUGGCUUGACUGCAAUCGUGUCUGUAAGUCACUGUUCAUCAAACUUUGUGAGGAGUACAGUGGACCCAGACGCAUUGAUGGAGUCAGGCAUGAGCACUGGAGCCUUGUGCCAGGGCAUACCUCCACAUCCGGCAAGUGAUUCUGAACAAUGCUGUGGUGAUGGAGGGGACUACUAUUCAGCUUCCCUUUUUUUUGUUCUUACUAACUCCAAAAGGUCUGAAACAUGCUCCGAAAAAGGUCUUGCACAUUGAUUUUACCACAAACCCCAAAACCCUAACCCUCGCCCCGUUACCCAAUACCCGGGUGUCACACAAAGGAAGCCCUAAAAAACAAUUGACAUUUUUCCUUUUUUUUUUGGAAGAUGCCCAUGUGUUUGUUGUGCCCCCUACUAUUGCAGGAACAGCCCAGCUGAAGCAGACUCAACAGCCCAGUGGCUCCAUUUCUUAGGCCGCCUUUCCUUGCAGCUCUGGAGCCACCACUCCAGGCUGCCGAGCCAGCUUGACAGCUUCUCCUGCAUGUACCAAAACCACUCCACGCUGCAGCACAAACUCUGCAGCCUGCACCUCAUCCUACUGUGCCUGCAGCUGGACCUCUCCUGCUUGCACCCCAUCCUCCUUUGCCUGCAGCCCGACCUCUCCUGCUUGCACCCCAUCCACCUGUGCUUGCAGCCUGACCUUUUCUGCCUGCACCCAGACCUCCUCUGCCUGCAGCCCGAACUCUCUUGCCUGCACCCAGACCUCUUCUGCCUGCAGCCCACCCUCCUCUGCCAACUCCACAACCUAUGGUUUCUGUUAGACCUGCAGGAGCCUUGCCUUACACUACCCAGCUCUUCCAUAAAAGGAAACAACAAGAGGAAGAGCAAACUGGCUAAACAAAAAGGUCUUACACAAGUAAGACCAGCACCAUCACCUGUAAACAGUGCCAGAGGGGAACCUGCCACCCACCAGCAGUACUUUGGUAAUUGGCACUGUCAGGCCACAGCCACCAUGACUCUGGCUGAGUGGAGGGCUACACUUGAAGCUUAG